CGCAGAACCAUCUGAUUCUGUGGGCGACGUGCCGAUUUAUGCCAUGAUCAAGUAGACACAAGAGUUGUCGCUGUUUUAACUAAACCAGCUUCUCAGAUGGCUUCUGGUGUCUUUCUUUUUGGUGUGUUUUUCAGUCUGCUUUCCAGCCUGCUUUCAGCAAGAAACGGAGGCAUGAAGGCCCAGGACCCAAAGGUGUGGCAGUCCCCGGAGUCUGUUCGGGUACUAAUAGGAGAAGACCUCCACCUGGAGUGCCUGGUGUCUGAGCAAUUGCACCCCGGUCCUGUGAAAUGGUACUUGGGGGAAGGUCCACGCCGGAUACUCAUCUACGCAGACAAGUGGACUCCUGAAAAUGAUCAAAGAAUAGAGAGGAGGUCCCCAAGUUCCAACACAGAUUUCACUAUCUUCAUCCACAAUGUUACUCUGGAAGAUGCAGGGACAUAUUACUGCGUGAAGGAGAAGAAAAACAGCAAGGACUGGUUCAAAGGACAUGGGACUCAAGUGGUCGUGAAAGCAUCUCCAGAUUCUCAAGAUAUCCCGGUCAUUCCAGUUGCUGUUGGGGUAUCUGGCCUCAUCCUGAUCGGUUUGCUCUGCGCAGCGCUUUGCAUCUACAUAAAGAAGAAAAGAGGUCUGAGGAGCAGCAGUUCAAGGUCUGACACCUCCUUUCCACAAAAACAGCAGUCUUCUAAGCAGACUUCUGGGGUUAAAGAGAUCGUCUAUGCUGACCUGAAGGGCCCAAGCAGAUUACAGAUUCCCAGGAAAAUCAAUUCGGAAGAGCGUUCGGAAUAUGCUACCAUCAAGGGAGCACCGACUGGGGCCACAGAGGAAGGACCUUUCUCAGCCUGAAUCUGUGAAAUUAGAGAAGAAGUCGAGAUGGGGAAGAAAUCUUAGCUACUUCAUAUAUAAAAGCAACAUCACUUCAUUUUGCAUUUCUCAGCCAGUCCUCAGACGGAAAUGCACUCACCCUUUGAAAUUUCACCCGAUUCCAAAUAUCGUCGCUUGUCGGUUGGAAAACAAGCACGUCGGGGAAAUGUCUGUAUAAAAUUUGUAUUGUCGUGGAGUAAUGGACGAGGGUGCGCUAUUGUAAACUACGUACGGGGGAAAAACGCAACCCCAAAGGCGGAGGCUUGCAGAAAACACCCCAAUCUUAAUAGCAAUAUAGAUUUCCACUUCCAAAACCUGCAUGGAUGUGUGGCUGAAGUCACCAAGGAGACUUUGAAAAGAUGCUCAACAUUUAAUGAACAGGAGUUGACCAAGGUGCCAGAUUGGGAGACUAAGAGCAACAGAAAUUGGCGUUUGUUUCUAGAAAGACAAGGUCCUGCUCCUUAUAAAAUGCAGCGAACGGCUAAAAUAUUCCUUGUAUUACUUCUUCAUUCCCCCCUUGGAAAGAGGCUUUCCAUUUGCCAUUAAAUCUGGAAACUUGAAAGGCAGAAAGGAGGAGGGAGGCAAGGAGGCGUUUGGGAAUGUCUGAAUGCUGUUUUUUCUUUCGCCCUGUGGCCGUCUCUACCGCUAAGAUAUUACAUGGCUGUUUACCCACUUACAGAACCGACAUGCCGCUCGGAUUAUGUUUUUAUAGCAAAACAGAGCAUCUGCAUUAAACAAAACCCACAGGCCAGGCCAAACUCUCCUGAGUUAAUUAAUUUGAUCACUAGGCAAAAAGACAGUGCGGGAGAAACCCUCAGAGAGCUGUCGAAGGGACGGCUAUCCUGAAAGCUAUGGCUGCAAACCGAAAUGACGUGUUUUUUGCAGAAGGGGCGAUGCUGGGUUAGCCCCUUUUCUGUGGGUGUCCAGGACACUAAGUCAUAACGUAACCGAGAAAAGCAGGGCUCACAGGACACACCAGACCAGGGCUUCUCACAGUGUGGUCUGAGGACCCCCGGGGGUCCCCCAAGAUCCUCUCAGGGGUCUGUGAAAGCAAAAUGAUUUCCCAGCCUUUCUGGAAAAACAAUACAAUCUUAAAGUCCCAUCAAACGGUCAUGAGAAGCGGUAGCACCAACGAAGGCGUCCGUUUUGAUUUUUAAUACCGAUCAAUAUCACCCAUGCAAAGAAAGCUCUUUUGGCGUCCGCCGUCAUUUUUAAAAGUGGGAAGGGGUCCUGAGAGAAGAAAGUUUGAGAAACACUGCAGUAGACCACACGUACCCCCCAAAGUAACCAAGGCUAGCCGGGAUUCUCUAUAUUAACCCCUUACCUUCUUGAGAAUAAA